AUGAUCACUAAAAGAAUACUAAUAACACCAUCACUAAAAAAUAUCUUUUUAAUACAAAAAUCUUUUAAAGGAUCAUGUUUAUUUUCCUCAUCAAAAUUAUAUUUUUCCUCAAAAAUCCAAAACAAAAACAACAACUACAAAGAAAGUAUUGUAUCGAAAACAGUUAAAACACCGACCAUUGAUUGGAAACCAUUAAAAUCCUCGAAGAACCCUAAUGAUGAAAACACCUACAAAAGUAUUUGGAAAUCACCAUUAAAAUUAAUUUUUUUAGCAUUAAUGAUAGCAAUGCCAGUAGUCUCCUUCAAUUUAGGGUUAUGGCAAUAUAGAAGAUUAAAUUGGAAAACUAAAUUGGUUUCCACGUGUGAGGAAAGAUUGGUUUUGCCAGAACUAUUAAAUACUGCAGUUUUUUUUGACGAUGUUUUAAGAAAUGAUCAAGAUUUGGAUGCCAUUAAUGAGAAAAUUGAAGAAAAUUGGCAAUACAGGAAAGUCAAGUUGAGAGGGGAAUUUGAUCAUUUCGGCGAAUUAUUUGUUGGUCCAAGAGUCAAAAAUGGCUACAAGGGGUAUCAGUUAUUUACGCCAUUUACUAUUUUGGACGAUGGUACCAAUGAGGGGAAAUGGAACGGGAAAAGGGUCUUAAUUGAAAGAGGAUGGAUCAGUGAAAAUCAUAUUUUACCCAAUUCAAGGACUUUGCAACAUUUAAGUGUUCCCAAGGGUUAUGUCGAAGUGGAUUGUUUGAUUAGGGUUUACAGAAAACUAACUAAUUUGCAAUGGGAAAGAGAAGAUAAAAACAGUAGAUUAUGGAAUGUUAUUGACUUCCCAGAAAUGUGCCAUGAGGCUAAUGAUGCUUUACCCAUUUAUUUUCAGGCUUUACAUGAUUUGAAUGAUCAUUUAUGGGUUCCUAAAGAUGACACUGCCAAUAUUACCACUUCAAAGACUUAUGAUUCCAAUAAAUGGUGGAAUCCUUUUGGUAGAAAUAAUGAUAGCAACGGGAACAGCAAAACGGGGAAGACACCCGUGAAAUAUGUGGAUACUCACAAGGGAAUGGAAUUUAAUGAAGCGCAACUGAUUAAAGCAGGUGUUCCUAUUGGUAAACUACCUAAAGUUGACUUUAAAAAUAAUCAUUUGCAAUAUUUGGUUACUUGGUUUGGAUUAUCUUUCUUAAGUUCUAUAUUUUUAAUUUUAGCCCUAAAGAAAUAUGCUAAACCUAACGUUAUGAAAUCCUCUGAAGCACAAAAGGCUAGGAUGAAGCGUUUCAAAGACUUCAUGUAG